AUGCAACAAGGAACGGUUUUGGAUGUGUCAAAGGCACAUUUGAGGGAUACUAAACACAAUGAAGCCUCGAAAUCGGACCAGGAUGAGAAACUAUCACCGAAAGUGCUAGGCUUUGAGGGUGACUCAAGGAAUUUGGAGAAAAUUUCAAUUGAAGCUCUCCGAAACCCUGAACAUAAAAAAAUCAGGAAGCUAUCUGCAGGUAGUAAGCUGUCGAGUUACUACUAUAUCGGAGCAGAGCUCCGCAUUUGCGCAGAUAACAAUAAAAAAUCGUCUUCACGACCAUUACUUCGUGAUAUAAUUGAUCGCAAGACUGGGGAACCUAAGAUUCUCAAGAUUAUUUCUAAAUCGCGAAUCCCUCCCGGCGUUGACAGCCUGAACAACUGGCGAACGUUGUGCGAGAAGCUGUUAAAUAUGCCUCCGAUGCCGAAUUUAAUGAGGAUUGACCAGAUUUGGGAAUCCGAAACCAGUUUCUAUAUCGUUACUGAGAAAUUCAUUGGGGGAGAGCUGUUUGAGUAUUUACUUAAGGAGAAGGCCAUACCUGAGGACAUUUGUAAAUAUAUUUUCAGGCAGAUUCUGCUUGCAGCCGAGGCUUUACACUCGAUGAACUUGCUUCAUAGGGACAUUAAACCUGAGAACAUUAUGUUCAGGAACCCAACGAGGUCAGUUUUACCCAUUGCUGAAAGGUAUGAGUUGGCCUUAAUCGACUUUGAUACUUGCAAAAUGACUGACUGUCCUACUGCUGAUAAGACUGAGGUUGUUAAUGGCAAGAGACGGCUGGUUGGGACCUACGGUUAUUUAGCUCCUGAAAUUUUAAGGGGUGAUGAGUAUUCCACUGCUUCUGACAUGUGGUCGAUUGGGAUUGUUUUGUACAUUCUGAUGACUGGCAUUCCUCCCAUAUCAAUGGACAAGAUGUACGAUGCUAAGGCCAGCCAUGCCGUUUUAGCUGCUGCUGAGGCCAACGGUAUAGACUUUAACACUCCUCCUUUGGUGGAGUUUCCUCUAGCACGUGACCUUUGCAAGCGUUUGCUAUGCUUUGAUAAAAGGAAACGUAUAUCUUCUGCUUCCGAUGCUCUUGCUCAUCCUUGGUUGGCUGGUCUUCCUACUAUUUUUGACACUUCUCUUAAGAUCAGGAACAACAGCAACGACAGCUCCGGCAGCAACAAUCGCAAGUUCUCCAAGAAUCCAAACGGCGGCGCUGGCAAUGAUGGUACCGGUUACGGCAACAACGGUAGUUCUGGUGAGCGGACUUUCUGGAAUCAAGCAAAUCCCAACUACAGAAACAACGGCGGGGUUAAUCGCCAGGAUUGCAUUACUACUGACUUCGCUGUUGACAUAAGUGAGUUUCAGGGAAAAGAUAAGGAAGAUCCAGGGGUUUGCAAGCGUGAGAGGGACCACAUUCCCUCCCCCAACGAGAAGACUGUUUCCAGGAAAAAUUCUACAUUUUUACAGUGCAUUACCACCAAUGCUGAGUCAAUAGAUGGUGUUUAUAGGAAAAAUCAAAAGCGCAGGCAAAAUUUAGACGUUCAAUCUUAUUAA